AUCACCAUACCUGGCUGUGGUCCUCCCAGUUCACCAGUGAAUGGCAGUGUUGGUGAGUUGACCAGUUCCAGAGUAGGAGCACAGGUCACCUACUCCUGUGACACCCACCUGGUUCUGGUGGGAGAGACUGUGGCCACAUGCUCUCUCCCUUCUCUAAUGUGGCUGCCUAGUAGUGAUGAUGUCACCUGUGUCCAACCAUCAGUCGUGCCAGCAGUUACACCGAUUAUGCCACCAAUGAAUGGUGAUAAAGGAGGCAGUUCUCUGAGCACAGCAGGAGCAGUGGCCACAACAGGAGUAUAUCGUAAACAUAAUUAUUACACUUAAUUAAUUAACCUGCACAGCUCCCUCAGUAUCAGUGACACUACCAAGUAAGACCAAUGCAUAAAGCGUAUGCAUGCAUCCU